CUGUAAAUGAAGUAAUUAUUCCAAAUAUUCUUGUUUAAGUUAAACUCCAUCAAUGAGAUAAUUGUAGCAAUAUGGAUAAUAUGGUUAACCCUAAUAAUUGUAAUAAUAUGGUUCUCCUAGAGGAAUGUUACCGUAAGAUUAUAAAAUAUUUAUUUAGUUCAUUCCAAUAGACAGCACAAGCUCCAUAAAAUUAAUAAAUACAACAAACGCAAACGUAAGAUAUUGUUAUAAAUGAAAGAUAAUAAAGUCGAUAAGGCAAUAGAGCAGAUGUUCAUCAUUUUGAAAGACCUCUUUAAGUGGUGCCAUAAGAAGAUAUUGAAUAAAAGUGGAAGGAGAAAUGCUGUAUUAUAAUGAAUAUAUAUGAAUGAAUAGUAAGACUAGAAAUGCAUGUAUAUGAGUUGUAAGUAGAAAUCCAAAAGCUGAGAUUGUAAAAUAGUAGUGGUUAAAUUACAUAUAUAUAAGAUGAUAAGAGAGUAGUUUAUAUUUUUAGAUAGUUAGAUAAAUGAAUUAAUGUAAGCGAAUAAGGAGAUAAGAAAUUAAGAAUAAUAAUUGAGAAUGUCAAACAAAUAAAUGUCUGAAGAGUUGGAAUCUUGGAAAUCAAGAUAUAAGUUACUUUAGGAAUCGAAUUCAAAGAGUUCAGGUUUGGAUGAAGAAAUAAGAUAGUUGAAGAAAAAGAUUAAUGAGUUAUGUGAAGAUUUGUCCGCGAGUCAUGAAUAAAUUUAGUAAAAAGAUAAUGAAAUUUUAAACUUGAAAUAGUUGUUAAAUGAUAAAGAUAAUGAAUUAGAUUAAUUAGAUGCACGUAUAAGAGAAUUAGAAAUGAUGUGUGAGAAUUACUCUUAAUCUGAAACAUAAAUAAUAAGUCUUUAGGGGGAAGUAGAAUUAUGGAAGAAAAAGUUUAAAUAAGUGAAUGAAUAAAAUUCAGAUUUGGCAGAGAAGUUAACAAUGGCUGAAACAUAAUUGGAAGCUAUUAAAAAAAGAUAAGUGACAGUUACUAAAGAGACUGAAGUUAGAAAGAGUGGUACUCAUGGGGGCGGAACAACUUCUUCUUAUGAAUAGAAUGUAAUCAAAGGUGCAUAAUUAUUACAUCCAAGAGGUUCAUAAUAUUUAAAAUGA